CUUGUCUAUGGAUAUUACGAUGACUUGAUUCAGUUAUUGAGUUGAUGUUUAUUUUAAUGAAUGGUAAUUAUUUCAAUUGUUUAUUGAGCUGUGCCAAAUCAAGCGGCAUCAUUGUAUACAAUUAAAUGGUUUCUUAAUCUAUGUAUUAAUAUUGAACAAUGGCUACUGAUGACAUAUCACUCCGAGUUGGUAUGGGAAGAUUGGAAAUAGAACCAAUCAAAGUUAUAAAAAAUGUUAAUGAUGAAAAUCCUUUUUCAAAUAGCCUACAGAAACGUUACUCCGCUGUAAAAUCAUGUCCACAAAAUAUAAAUUGUACAUGUCUAGUGAAAAAAAGGAAAAAGCUGUCUAUUUGUAAAAAGAAACAUAACAAAUUAAUAAAGGAACCCACUCUACGAUUGUCACAAAACAACAAUAAAAAUAACAUUAUGAGAAAUGAGUGUCUGCAACUAUUUAAUGAAGAUAUUGUACAAUUACGUUUGCAAAAAUUCAACACGGACAAUAUAUGCCUGCACACACUUGUCGACAACUGUAACCAGCUAAGCAUAUCAACAGAAAAAAGUCAAACAAGUGUUAGAGAUAUUAAGAGUGAUAACACAAAAUGGUGGAAGUGUGAAGCUGUGAGAGAGAGACACACAAAGGAAUCAGGAUCAGAAAGAAGUUCUGGUUCGUGUUCACAGCAAGCUCUCAAUCCUCCCUGUGAUGUAACAAUAGACGAACUAGCGAGCUACUUUGAAACACUCGUUCAUAUACCCAAAAAGAUGUCAUCGAUGGCUGAAAUGAUGUACAUUUGAAUUAUCAAGAGUUUAAAACUUAUGUGGUCCAUUAUAUGCUCUAACUGUUUUAUAAACUAAAUUGUGUUUUUUACUGUUUUAUGCAAUGAAUCUGUUUUUAUAUUGCCUCAAUGAACUGGGUCCCUUAUUAAUAGAUAUAUAGAUGUAAGGCUGGAUCCAAUGAAAUAGAGUAGUUUUCACAUAUAGACCAAAGUAGAUGUAACAUUCAAAGUAUUCAUGAAAUUCUACAUUCUUAGUGCUGUAAUGUUUAUAUUUUAAGUGAAACAUCUCGUCUGCACUCCAUAUUUAAACAGAAAGAAUAACUAAGAAUCAUUGUCACUAUUGUGAUUUAAUUCAAGUUUUCUGGAGAUUGUAAUAAUGGCAGUUUACAGGUUAUAUAAUAUGUAAUUAUUAGAAUGCCUAAAAAUUACAUUUUUCUUAAUAUAAUACCAAAAUAUAUUGAAAUAGAUAUGUGUGUUCACGUAAAAUUUAUAUAAUAAGUAAAUUGAAGGAAAUAAAUAUUUUUAAAUGGUAUAUGUUUUGCUUAGUAUAACAUAUUUUGCUAAAAAAUACUUUAAAAGCAAGAAAAUUAAUGACAGAAUUAUUAAUUAAAUUAUUAGAUUAUGAGAAUUAGAGACUUCCAUUUCAAAAAUUCCAACUUUUUUCAAAAUUACGUAAUAUAAAAAAUAUUACAGUAUUAUUUUAUAUAUAUUCUAAUGGUAAUAAUCAAAACAGAAGUAGGAAUUUAAAGAAUUAAAGCAAUAAAAAUGGAUAAAACCAGAAAAAUCACAAUAUAAAUCAAAGUUAGUGAUGACAAAAGACCAGAGUCUAGACUUUAAGCGUUGAACCUAUGCGCACUUGAUACCAAAACGUUCUGCACCUUGUUUUUUUUAAUCUGUGGCAGAAGUAAAAAUAGAAAUGUAGAAAACGUAAAACAUUACUACUAGAAUGAAAGAUUUUUAAAAUUAUAAUUUAUUCUAUAAAAUGCAAAAAAUCAAUGUCAAUUGGUGUGGAAUAUUCAAUGACGCCUACACUUAUUCAUCGAAUUAUCUGCUAUUAAGUUUGACGAUAGUUAUAGCCUCUAUAUUAUGGGUUUGGAUAUACGAGAAUCCGCAGUUCUAUAAGCUUAUUUUCAAAAAGAGUAAACAUUCUAAUAUUCUGAGUCCCACACACAGCGACCAGGAGUUGGCAGAUGAAUUCAGCAAUUUAGACAACGAAUUAUCAAUAACCGUUAUACAGAAGAGAUUAGCAGAAAUAUCAAGAAACACAUUACUGUCAGAGAAAGAAACAAGGGAUGCUGAUAUUACGACUUGAUUAAGCAAGCAUUGAUUGAAAUCGUAAAUUAUUUAAUAAUCUAUAUAUAAUUAUAAUAUCAAGAAAA